AUGAAAUUGAUGAUUGCCUCAGGAGUCGAAGCUGACGAUUGCUAUUUCCCACUUGCAUUUGCGUUUACCACAGAAGUAUCCUCAGAUACCUGGCGUUGGUUUCUCAGUGGAAUCAGGGAGAAGGUAACACAAAGGAAAGACAUUUGCCUCAUCUCCAGACCCCACCCUGAUAUACUUGAUGUUAUUAACGAACCAGGAUCUCAGUGGCAAGAACCCUGGGCUUAUCACAUGUUCUGUCUGGAUGAUAUAUGCACCCAAUUUCACUAUGUUUUUCAAGACGACUACCUGAAGAACCUUGUGUAUGAGGCUGGAUCCACAAGUGAGAAGGAAGAAUUUGAUUCCUAUAUGAAUGAGAUCGAAAAGAAGAACUCAGAAGCGCGGAAAUGGUUAGACCAAUUUCCUCAAUAUCAGUGGGCUCAAGCUCAUGACAGUGGUCGGAGAUACAGAGUUAUGACGAUCGAUGCAGAAAAUUUGUUUGCAUUUUGUGAAAGCUUUCAGUCUCUUGGUUUGCCAGUGACAGCUACAGCACUGCUUCUGUUUGAUGAGAUGAGAUUUUUUUUUUACUCGGGUCUUUGUGAUAGCAGUGGUAGGGUCAACCGCGGAGAUAUGUACACCAAACCCGUCAUGGACCAGCUCGAAAAGUUAAUGACAGAUUCCAUCCCUCACGUUGUAAUGCCAUUAGAGAAAGGUCUGUUUCAAGUCACAGAACCAUUACAGGAGGAUGAAUGGAUCGUUCAGCUGAGUGAAUGGUCCUGUACGUGUGGGGAGUUUCAGUUGAAGAAGUUUCCAUGUCUGCACGUUCUAGCAGUCUGCGAGAAGCUGAAAAUCAACCCUUUGCAGUAUGUAGACGACUGUUACUCUCUUGACCGAUUAUACAAAACUUAUGCUGCCACUUUUUCUCCUGUCCCGGAAGUAGCAGCUUGGCCAGAAGCUUCUGGAGUUCCGACACUGUUUCCACCGGUCAUUCUGCCGCCACCUAACGUAUCAGUAAAUGACAAAGCCAAGGUGCCUCCUAGUGAUGAAGAGUUGAGAAAUGCAAUUGUUGAUAUCUUGAAAGUUGUGGACUUGAAAACGACCGCGAUUGCUGACGUCCUCAAGCGACUUGCUGAGAAGUUCGAAAUCGACCUCACCCCAAGAAAGUCAUCUAUAAAGACGAUGAUCCAAAAUGAGCUCAGUUCAUAAGAAGACAAGACCGAGGAUGAGGAGUGGAGUAAGUUAGUAAGUGAUAUGGGAAAUAAUAAGGGAGCAGAGACACGUGGAGGGCUGUGAUUAAAAGAUGAAGUAACGGCCAAGAUGGAAACGAGUGGAUUGCCUGCGUUUAAAAGAAGCUGGAUCAGGAACAUUUUAUCAUAAUCGUGAAAGUUGUUGAAGUUUGUUGUUCUUCU